AUGCUCGCCAUAAGCGCUUACGCCAUUGUACUAUUCUGCUCUUCCGUCCAAGCUGGAGUCGGUCCAGUGCUGAAACGUGAUGAUUUCCAUGGCUUCCCUGUCGGCGAUGUCUGCCUGUUUCAGGGCGGUGGACCUGUAGGUGUCGCAAACGCCGUAUGUGCAGGCAGCGACGGAAAUGCACACACAGAUAAGAUCACCUGUCCCGACCAAGGGGUUGCGGAACGAAUUUGCGGUCGGGAUGAUGAGAAUGAAUACGUACGAGACAACUGCAAAGUCAUUGAUGGAUCGGGGACCUACUGCACCACGAACAAAGUGCAUACCGAUGAAUACGAAUACUACAACCGAUGCUACUGUGUCAAUGGCAAUUUCUGUUGCGACCAGAAUGCUGAGGUCCCAGGCGGUGAAAGCCCCGUCGACUACUUCAAAGGAGCUGGAUGCAGCUGUGGUGAUCCUAUCUAG